UAGAAUUAUAAACGGAUGAAGCAAGCGGCAAGUGGUAAUCUCCGCCCUGAACCUCACGCUCGGCGUCAUUAUAUAAAACUCUCAGCUGCUUUUUUGUGUCUCUCUUUCUCACACAUGCAUCUCACCGCCCUCACGCCGCGCUCGCUGCCCGCUCCGUAAAAUUCAUAAAACACACGCACUCACCUCCCAUGGGCUCCGUGCCACGGCCGUCACACACCGUAUUCCCGGGCCGCGAGGACUGUUGGAGCGAGGACGCCACGCACACUCUCAUCGAGGCCUGGGGCGACCGUCACCUGGAGCUCAACCGCGGCAAUCUCCGUCAGAGGCACUGGCAGCAGGUCGCCGCCGCAGUCAACGCCCGCCACGGCCGCGACGGAGCCAAGUCCCUCCGCUCCGAUGUUCAGUGUAAGAACCGCAUCGACACGCUCAAAAAGAAGUACAAGAUCGAGAAGGCUAGGGUUUCCGAGUCGGGCGGCGACUACGCCAGCGAGUGGCCCUUCUUCGCCUCCCUCGACGCCCUGGUAGGAUCCACCUUCUUCAAACCCUCGCCGCUGGCCGCCGGAGCUCACCGAGAAACCCUGCCGGAGGAUUCUCCGCCGUGGACGCUCUCCUCGCCGGUGCCGGUGGGUCCCCGAACUAAGAAACGUCCGGCGGCGUCGAUGGCAGAGGAGUCGGGCUCGGACAGGUGGAGGUGGAGCGGAGGGAGCAAUAGGAAAGGAGGGGAAAGGGAGGUUGGGUACAGGGAAUUGGCGCAGGCGAUAGAGAGGGUGGGGGAGAUAUACGAGAGAGUGGAGGGGGCGAAGCAGAGGCAGAUGAUAGAGUUGGAGAAGCAGAGAAUGCAAUUCGCAAAGGAUUUGGAGUGCCAAAGAAUGCAACUCUUGUUGGAAACGCAGGUCCAGUUUCAAAAGAUUAAGCGCGCCAGGUGGUCCGGUGAGAGAGAGCUCUUGCAUAUACUCUCAUCUCUCGGUAACUCGGUUCAUGUUUUGUAAUGGGUGUGAGUUUUUUUGUUUUUGUUUUUGUAGGUGUUAUUUUUCAGUCAUUAGUUCCAAAAUGUGAAAAUUCUUGUUACUAUUUACUUGUUAAUGUUUGGUAUUUGUUUUAGGGGAGUGUUUUUUAUUCCUUCUGGGGGUUGGCUUCUAUUGUUUGUGGAAUUUUUGAUAUUUUACAGCUUUGGGGAUUAUGGUCCGCUAAUGCAGUGUAUUAAGAAUAUUCUUCAUGAUU